GGGCCCGCCGGCGGGUCUCUCGCCCACGAUGCGAAACCCGGCCCGGCCCCCGCGCCCGCCCCGCGGCCUCUGAUUCGCCCCAGCCGGGACGCGCCGAGCCGCGGCGGCCGCAGCGACGCGGGCAUGGCACCGAGAGGAGCGGCGGUGGCGGCGCUGGCCGGGGCCGUGGUGCUGCUGCUGGCGGCCUGCUGCGGCCGCAGCCGCGGGGAGAUUUGCAGAAGCAUGGACAUUCGCAACAAUCUGACCCGGCUGAACAUGCUUGAGAACUGCACUGUGAUCGAGGGCCACUUGCAAAUAUUGCUGAUGUUUAAAACCAAGCCUGAAGAUUUCCGCGAGCUCAGCUUUCCCAAACUGACUAUGAUUACAGACUACUUGCUGCUUUUUCGCGUCUAUGGCCUGGAGAGCUUAAAGGGACUCUUUCCCAACCUCACUGUGAUUCGAGGAACUCAUCUGUUUUUUAACUACGCGCUCGUCAUUUUUGAGAUGGUUCACCUGAAGGAGAUCGGCCUCUACAACCUGAUGAACAUCACUCGAGGCGCCGUGCGGAUCGAGAAGAACAACGAAUUGUGUUACUUGUCCACGAUCGACUGGUCGAGGAUUUUGGAUUCUGUAGAAGACAACUACAUCGUCGCCAACAAGGACGACAAAGAAGAGUGUGGAGAUGUGUGUCCGGGCACUGUGAAAGGGAAAAGCAACUGCCCGCCCACCGUGAUCAACGGCAUUUUCAUCGAGCGCUGCUGGACCCACGACCGCUGCCAGAGAGUCUGUCCAGCUGCCUGCAAGUCGCAAGGCUGCACCUCCGAUGGCCAGUGCUGUCACAGCGAAUGCCUGGGGGACUGCACGGAGCCCAACAACCCGGAGAAAUGCGUGGCGUGCCGCAACUUCUACCUUGAUGGCACUUGCGUGGAUGCCUGCCCGCCCGGUUACUAUCACUUUGAGGGCUGGCGCUGCGUGACCUUCAGCUUCUGCCAGGAGCUGCACAACAAAUGCAAAAACGCCAGGGAGUCGGGGUGUCACGUUAUCCACAACAACGAAUGUGUUCACGAAUGCCCGUCGGGGUACAUCAUGAAUUCCAGCAACCUGCACUGUACCCCCUGCGCAGGGCCCUGUCCAAAGGUUUGCGACUUUGGGAAGGAGAAGACUAUCGAUUCGGUGACAUCAGCACAGGAGCUCCGUGGCUGCACGGUUGUUAAUGGAAGCUUAGUUAUAAAUAUCCGGGGAGGAAAUAACAUAGCAGCUGAGCUAGAAGCGAAUCUUGGCUUGAUAGAAGAAAUCUCAGGUUACCUAAAAAUUCGCCGGUCUUAUGCCUUGGUUUCUCUUUCUUUUUUUCGUAAACUACAUCUGAUCAGAGGAGAAACAUUAGAAGCUGGGAAUUAUUCAUUUUAUGCCUUGGACAACCAGAAUCUUCGUCAGCUCUGGGACUGGAGUAAGCACAAUCUCACUAUUGCACGAGGCAAACUCUUCUUCCAUUAUAAUCCCAAACUGUGUUUGUCAGAAAUCCACAAGAUGGAGGAGAUCUCUGGGACUAAGGGGCGUCAGGAAAGGAACGACAUUGCCCUGAAGACAAAUGGCGAUCAAGCCUCAUGUGAAAAUGAAUUGCUGAAAUUUUCUUCUAUUAGAACAUCUCACGACAAGAUCCUGUUGAAGUGGGAGCCGUACUGGCCUCCUGAUUUCCGUGAUCUUCUGGGAUUUAUGCUUUUUUACAAAGAAGCUCCAUACCAAAAUGUGACAGAGUUUGAUGGACAAGAUGCUUGUGGGUCAAAUAGCUGGACAGUUGUGGAUGUUGACCCACCGCCACGAUCAAAUGAACCCAAAGCCCAGGCCCAGCCAGGCUGGCUUCUGAGGGGCUUAAAGCCAUGGACACAAUAUGCUGUGUUUGUUAAAACCCUGGUCACCUUCUCAGAUGAACGAAGGACAUACGGUGCAAAGAGUGAAAUCAUCUACGUCCAGACCAACGCUACUGUUCCGUCAGUUCCAUUAGAUCCGAUAUCUGUUUCCAACUCUUCAUCCCAAAUCAUUCUGAAGUGGAAGCCACCCUCAGAGCCCAACGGGAACAUCACGCACUACCUGGUGUUCUGGCAGCAGCAGGCCGAAGACAGUGAGCUGUAUGAACUCGAUUACUGCCUAAAGGGAUUAAAACUGCCCUCAAGGACCUGGUCUCCUCCUUUUGAAUCUGAAGACCCUCAGAAGUAUAAUCAAAGUGAAAACGAGGAUGUCAGCGGAGAAUGUUGCUCCUGUCCUAAAACAGACUCUCAAAUACAGAAGGAGCUGGAAGAGUCUGCUUUCCGCAAGACGUUUGAGAAUUAUCUUCACAACGAGGUUUUCGUCCCCAGGCCAUCAAGAAAACGAAGAGACCUCGGCUCCGUAGCAAAUGCCACCGUGGUGAUACCCACCAUCGCGUCCUCUCCAAACUCUUCUGCAGCUGCAUCUGAGAAUGCAGAGGAACAGAAACCUUUUGAAAAAGUUAAGUUCAAGGAGUCUUUGGUUAUCUCAGGCCUGCGGCAUUUCACAGGGUAUCGUAUUGAGCUCCACGCUUGUAACCACGACGCUCAGGAAUCUCGAUGCAGCGUUGCAGCUUAUGUCAGUGCCAGGACCAUGCCAGAAGCUAAGGCCGAUGACAUCGUUGGUCAAGUUACCCAUGAACUGGUUGAGAAAAAUACCGUGCACUUGAAGUGGCAGGAACCAAAGGAGCCAAACGGUCUUAUUGUGCUUUAUGAAGUGAAUUACGGGCGUCUUGGGGAGACAGAGGAAGCACACUACUGCGUUUCCCGUAAGCACUUUGCCAGUGAGCAGGGCUGCAAACUGCGCGGACUGCAGCCUGGAAACUACAGUGUCCGUAUACGAGCUACAUCGCUGGCUGGCAAUGGCUCGUGGACAGAACCUACCUAUUUCUACGUGGCUGAUUAUUUGAAUGCUCAGCCUAAUAUUGCUGUUAUAAUUGUUCCGAUUAUUUUUGCCAUAAUAAUUGCUGGAAUUAUUGGAGCUGCUUAUGUUCUUGUGAAAAAGAGACAAACCGAAGGACCGACUGGGCCGCUCUACGCAUCUUCUAACCCUGAGUAUCUCAGCGCCAGUGAUGUCUAUGUCCCUGAUGAAUGGGAGGUUCCACGAGAGAAGAUCACUCUCCUCCGAGAGCUGGGACAGGGCUCCUUUGGCAUGGUGUAUGAGGGAAUCGCCAAGGACAUCGUGAAGGGAGAGCCAGAGACUCGAGUAGCUGUGAAAACCGUUAACGAAUCAGCCAGCCUGCGCGAGCGCAUCGAGUUCUUAAAUGAAGCUUCUGUGAUGAAAGGGUUCAGCUGCCAUCAUGUGGUUCGCCUCCUCGGGGUGGUCUCAAAAGGACAACCUACUCUGGUGGUCAUGGAGUUGAUGGCACAUGGAGAUUUGAAAAGCUACCUUCGAUCUUUGAGACCUGAUGCUGAGAAUAACCCUGGUCGUCCACCGCCAACGCUGAGAGAAAUGAUCCAGAUGGCUGCAGAGAUCGCUGAUGGUAUGGCCUAUCUGAAUGCCAAAAAAUUUGUUCACAGAGAUCUCGCAGCUCGUAACUGUAUGGUUGCAGAGGACUUCACUGUAAAAAUUGGAGACUUUGGCAUGACCAGAGAUAUCUACGAGACGGAUUAUUACCGUAAGGGAGGCAAAGGACUUCUGCCUGUGCGCUGGAUGGCACCCGAAUCAUUAAAGGACGGUGUUUUCACUACUUACUCAGAUGUGUGGUCGUUUGGUGUUGUCCUUUGGGAAAUAAGCAGUUUAGCAGAGCAGCCGUACCAGGGACUCUCCAACGAACAGGUGCUAAAGUUUGUAAUGGAUGGAGGAUACCUGGAUCAGCCUGACAACUGCCCAGAGAGGCUGCACAGCCUGAUGCAGAUGUGUUGGCAAUACAACCCCAAAAUGCGCCCCACCUUCAUUGAGAUCAUCGAGAUGCUGAAGGAGGACUUGCACCCCAGCUUCCACGAGGUCUCGUUCUUCUACAGUGAGGAGAACAAACCUCUGGAAACGGAGGAGUACGAGAUGGACUUCGAGAACAUGGAGAGCAUUCCCCUCGAUCCCUCCUCGUACACGCAGAGGGACAAAGUCCUGGGGCGGGACAAUGGGCCCUCCAUGGCCCUCAAGGGGAACUACGAAGAGCACAUACCCUACACUCACAUGAACGGUGGCAAGAAAAACGGGCGGAUUCUCUCCAUGCCCCGAUCAAGUCCUUCCUAACGCUUCCUGUCUGGCCCAAGGGUUUUGUCUGCUUUUUUCCCCCUCCACAAAUCUCAGGACUCUUGUUAUUGCUGCCACAGUGUAUGACACACAUCUACAGACUUCAGAUUUUUAAUCAUCUUAUGAUUAAUACUAUUAUUUUUUUUUUUGCCAAGUUGACUGGCUGUCAGUGGACUUAUCUGUGAACAUAAAUGGAAAAGGUUUCCAUGGCUGCUGUCCUUUCUGUAACCAUGGUUUCAAAACAGGAAGCGACCGUGUAAGUUAAACUAAAGGAGGAGCAUCCACGUUUGCCAACAAAAGACGUGAAAUUUGCUGGUAUCUGAGCUACAGCGUAACGGUGCGGAACAAAACUGCAGGACAAAAGCAUUUCCAGUAGAAUUCCAGGCUUUCAGGCAUACUCUUCACUACAGCUGAAGGAUUCAACACAUCAGUCGGACGCGCCAGAUCCUCAGAUUGACCAAUAGCUGCUGCUUUCAUACUUUUUAAAUGGGUUAAAUCCCAGGGGUGCGUGCGUGUGCGUGCGUGUGUGCAGUAUAUAUAUGUGGGGUGUAUAUGUAUAGCAAAAUAUACCCUUCUUUUUUGUACAUAAGUUUUGUAUGUUCUCACAGAAGCUUUCCUCUUCUCGGAAGUGUGUACUUAUCUUUUUCCCAUUUCCCUGGAGUGACUGAAUCCUAAACAGAUUAUUUUUAUACUGAGGACUCUUGGGAGUAGGUUUUCUCUCAUUAACAAAUGAGGAAAAUGUGCUGGGAGCCAAAGGAGCAGAAAUCUGAGAUUUAUGGGUACUUUCAAGACCAAACGAAGUAGGAGUCCCCUGACCUGAGAUACCGAGUUUUCUGUCCUUACAGCAUUGAGUAUAUAUAUUGUUUGUUGUAAUAUAUUUAAAAUGUCUUUAGCUGAAAUUUUAACUUCAUAUAAAUUAUUGACUGUUUAUGGUCCUUUCGGGGAGGGGAGAAUUGGGGGGAUUGUUUGGUCUUAAAGUGGUCCAAAGAUUUCAGAAUGAACUAAUUUUAGCUGAUUACCCUUUUAGGAGCUAUGAAGCACAUGUUAAGUUUAUACUUGACAAGGCUUUAUAAAACAGUUUCAAGAUUUAUACAAUGCAGUCAGCUGGCUCCGCUCGAAGCCCUGGGACAAAGGAGUUGGGACUUACCUUGGUCGUUGGGGGCCAAAGGACACCAGAACGUCCCGCUCCGGGGUCCUGCUACGAGUUUGCCCCCGCUUCCCUCGCGUUGUGCCACAGGAGAAGCGGCCGGGGAGGCCGAGCAAGAACUCUAACCGGAAAAAAGACACUAAAGCCCAGCUGAAGGGAGGCGAGCGCAAGGCUCUUGGCUCUGCACGUGAAGCAGAAGCUGAACGUGACUGUGGUCAGCUCCCCGCUGCCUGUCUGCUGCUGCUCAGGCGUCCGGCCUCGUGCUGCCUGCGGGCCUCCGAUGUGUUCCUGAGACCCCUGCGGCUCUCCCAGGGCGCGUGCGUGAGCCGCUGCUUUCAGCCCUUCGGGAUGUCAACCUUCGUCUCUUGGACCGUGCUUUGUUUUGCUGCUGUUCGCAUAAAGACAGAGCUGAUAAGCACAAGAUGUUAGAAAACCAUUGUGAAACCAAGCGUGUCUCGUUGUGAUGAGGGAGCGUGCUGGCAGGGAGAAGCGCUAAAGCGAGAAGUGAAGAUGAUCGAUGUCGCAGGCCGUCCAUGCAGGAGGUGGUUUUACCAGGGGAGAGAUUGCUCAGACCUCUGCUCUUCCCCCUGGAGAAGUCCAAGGGCCACUCUGCUCUCUCUGCUGGGAAAAAACAAGGUCCUGACUCGGUGGGAGCGGGGACACCAGGCCGCAGCGUGGCUUUUGGUGUGUGCUGCUGCCUCCUCCCCGUGAGGGACUGGAAGGGGCCGGGGUCUGCAGGAGGCGCCUCUUGCAGCUCUGCUCGGCCCCGGCACCAGGGGGUGGUGGCCCCUGGGACGAGGGUGGAAGGCAGAGGGCAGAGAUUGCUCACGGAGUUAGGGGGAAAACACCCAGUGCAGGCGUGGGUAAGAUCCUUCAGUUCGAAAAGGCCUCGUUUACAUUUCUUCUGCUUUACAAAGUAGUAACUGUUUAGCAGCUCUAUACUACACUGCAGGAAAGAAGACAUAUUCUCACACUUUUCUAAGGAAGAGAAGUUUUUCUUAUUAGAAAUUUUUUAUUUAUUUUAAUAUAUAGAACACUAUAAAAAAAAAAAAAAAAAGGCAACAAAAAAAAAUCGUUUUCUUAACCACGCAGAACAUGUAAAUUUGUAUCCGUAAAAUCUUGGCAGGUGGAUGUGGUGGGAUUAUUUUUGUCCUGUUCUGGUGCAGUCUACCUCAGUGUUUCUUAAGGAUAUUUUUAAUACUGCGCACCUCUAAACCUGUUUAAAUAUUCUGGUCUGGACCUAUUGUGGAUCAGGGAAAAUCAAUAUCAGCUGAUUCCAAUACUUGGGACCAUUCACUGAAGGGAAUGGGUAGGAGAACAGCUCAUCACCGUUUAUCGCUAGUCUGAGUAGUAGUGACCAAAGGAAACUACUUCCAGCUCCAAAUACACGACAGCAAAUUGGGGUCUGAUACUCUGAUACCAUCUUCCUACUUCUGUUGCGAUAAAAAAGAGAAAAAGACCCAUCUAAAUGUUUGGACUUUGUGAACUAAUGACCUAAAAGGAGGAGACGGCAUCCCGCUGGAGCGGUAGGUGCCAGUGGGGACCAGGGCCUGCGCCCAGCCCUCGUUGUUGGAGUUGGGUUUGGGUGUCGUGGUCGCUGCCCUCGCUGUGCGCUGCUACCCGGGAGCUCUGCCGCUUGGAUGUGACCUCCUGAGAUCAGCCCUUCCCGCGUGCCGAUGUUUUGAUAACAUUUUAAAUUGCAGCAAUCGUAACUGUGGGAAUAGAAGAUCCUUUCUAUAAACAAACAUUGGAACCUUGUAUUGGGUCUGGCUUUUAAAUUUAGUUGAUAUUGGUUGGCCCUGUGAGUACGCAUGAUUUGCAACACUCGGAUCACUGAACAAGGGAUUAUGUGUUUCGCUCUGCGGACAGGCAGUCCGUUCACGUGGCUCGUGUUGUCAUCGUCACUCUGCACCGAAGGGAGCAGUUGUUUAUACCCAAUACUGUGCAUAAAGAUUACUCCAGUCGUCCUCUCUACAGUGUGCCAAGGGCGAGGAAAGGCGUGUGGUACCAGCGGUAAGGAUAUCAUUUUUCCCCAAAGCGAAGUCCCUUCUGAAAACAAACACAUGACGCGAGUGGUUGCCACUCGUGGCUGUUGGAGAUUACGUUCAGCUACAGAAUUAGGAGGAGUGAAUGGACAUCAUCCGUAAAGCCCAGCUCUGAAUGAGGAAAAUCCUUCACUUUCAGCCCUCAGCCGCCACUUUGCUCUCUUGCCGGGAGAUCCUUCCCUACCCCGGGGA